AUGCAGAUGAAUUGCAGUUAUUGUCCAACGCCAAUUACAAGUGAUGUUAGUUUAGCAUCAGCUUGUACUGGUGGCGUUUCCUUUAUUUUAUUCAUUGGAAUUUUGGAAUCUUUUAUACGAAGACAAUGUGACCUUGAAGAUCCAUGUCAUCGUAUUAGGCCACGUGAAAAACCCAAUUUAAGCUAUGAUUUUAUUGUAAUUGGAGCAGGAAGUGCAGGUGCUGUAGUCGCUUCAAGAUUAUCAGAACAAAAACGUUUUUCAGUUUUAUUGCUCGAAGCGGGAUUAGAUGAGCCAGCUUGGUCACAAAUACCGCGAUUUUAUUUAUCCACUCUAGGUACAAAAUUAGAUUGGCAAUACACAUUUGAAAAUGAAAACAAUAAUCAAUGUUCAUCAGAUGGAAAUAAUGUACAGUGCUAUUGGCCAAGAGGAAAGGUUCUUGGUGGAACGAGUUCAAUUAAUGGACUGAUAUACUUGAGAGGAUCCCGUAAAGAUUACGACAAUUGGGAAAAAAUGGGAAACAAAGGUUGGUCCUAUAAAGACGUACUUCCAUUUUUUAAAAAAAGUGAAAAUAAUUUACAAAUUAAUAAUAUGGAUUCGGGUUAUCACAAUCAAGGAGGACCACUUUCGGUGGCACAAUUAAAUUAUCAUCCACCAAUGAGUUAUGAUAUUUUAAAAGCAGCAAAAGAAUUAGGUUACGAAACAGUUGAUCUAAAUGGAAAAAAUCAUACUGGAUUUGCAAUUACACAAAGUACAACCAAUAGAAAUAGUCGAUAUUCAUCAGCUCGUGCAUUUUUGAGACCAGCGAGAAAUCGUCAAAAUUUACAUAUUAUUCUAAAUUCAACGGCAACGAAAAUUAUUUUCAAUGCUAAUAAGAGAGCAAUUGCUGUGGAAUAUUAUAAAAAUGGUAAAUACAUAAAAAUUGGAAUUAAUAAAGAAAUCAUUGUCAGUGGAGGUAUAGUAAAUUCUCCACAACUAUUGUUGAACAGUGGAAUUGGACCUAAGGAAGAAUUAGAAAAAAUUGGUGUACCAGUAAUUCAUCAUCUUCCAGGUGUUGGAAAAAAUUUACACGAUCAUGUUUAUUUUCCUCUAAGUUUUUCUAUCAAUGAAACAGAAAUUGGUACUAUAAAUCAGGCCUCAGCCAUGGAAUAUCUUCUAUUUCGAAAGGGACCUUUAAGUGGUGUAGGCCUUUCGGCAAUGACCGGAUUGAUAAAUUCAAAAUAUGCAAAUCCAUUGGAUGAUAAUCCUGAUGUGCAAUUAUUUUUUGCUGGUUAUAUGACAAGAUGUUCGGAAAGUGAAUCAUUUAGUGGAAAUUCAAUAUCACGAAGGCAAAUUGCCUUUAUUCCAACUCUGAUUCAUCCAAAGAGUAAAGGAUAUUUACAACUGAGAAAUAGUGAUCCACUUUCAAAACCAUUAAUUUAUCCCAAAUAUUUAACUCAUCCUGAUGAUAUUUCUGUUAUGAUUGAAGCAAUUAAAUUUGCACUUCGAUUUGCUGAAACGGAAGCUUUAAAAAAAUACGACUUUCAAUUGAAUAAGACACCAGUGAAAAAUUGUGAACAUUUGGAAUUUGGUAGUGAUUCCUAUUGGAAAUGUGCAAUAAAAUAUAGAGGCGGAAGUCCAGGAUAUCAUCAAGCUGGAUCAUGUAAAAUGGGUCCUAAUUCUGAUCCACUGUCAGUUGUUGAUAAUCAAUUAAAAGUUAAAGGAAUCAGAAAUGUUAGAGUUGCUGACGCUAGUAUUAUGCCACAAGUCACUUCCGGUAAUACUAAUGCUCCUUCAAUUAUGAUUGGUGAAAGAGCUGCAGAUUUCAUUAAAAAUAGUUGGCGUCAUUUUAAAAACAAAUGAAAAUUUUACUUUUGUAUUCCUUAAUAAUUUUAAAUUUUAUUUUCCUCUCUCACUAAAUGUUUUUUUAUUCUUUUAAAAAAAAAAAAAA